AUGGUGAGGCCGGCGCUGGCGUGCUGCAAGCUCUACAUCUCCGAGGCCCGCAACGCGGGGGCGCUGCGCGCCAUCGAGCGCGCGGCGGCGGGGCUCCGCCCGGCGGCCGUGCUCGUGAACGCCUUCGCCGACGACGAUUACAACCGGGUCGGGUACACGCUCGUGUCCCCUCUCGCGGGCGACGUCGCCGCCUCGCCGCCGCCGCUGCACCGCGCGGCGUUCCGCGUGGUCGCGGCCGCGCUCGAGGCCGUUGACUUCGGCGCCCACGCUGGCGCGCACCCGCGCCUCGGCGUCGUCGACCACGUCGCGUUCCACCCUCUGGCCGGCGCCCGCCUCGAGGACGUUGCCGCGCUCACCAGGGCUGUGGCGGCGGACAUUGGAGACAAGCUUCAAGCAGUGCCUACGUAUCUCUACGGCGCAGCUCACAAAGACGGCAGGACGCUGGCGUCCAUCAGGAGGCAGUUAGGCUACUUCACGCCGACCUCCCUGGGCGGCGAACAAUGGCGCGGCGCGCCGGACUCGUGGCCGUCGUCGCCGCUGCCGGUGGCCCACGACGCGGGGCCCGGGACGCCGUCCAGGUCCAAGGGCGUGGUGGUGGUGGGCGCCACGGCGUGGGUGGACAACUACAACGUGCCCGUGCGCACGGCCGACGUCGGCGCCGCGAGGCGCAUCGCGCGCGCCGUCAGCGAGCGCGGCGGCGGGCUCGCGUCCGUGCAGGCCAUGGGGCUCGCGCACGGCGACGGCGCCGCCGAGGUCGCCUGCAACCUGCUCGACCCGGCCGCGGUGGGCGCGGAACAGGUGCAGGAGAGGGUGCGCCGGCUAGCCGCCGAGAUGGGAGUCGGCGUCGGCGAAGGGUACUUCACCGACUUCUCGCAGGAGAAGGUCGUCGAGCUGUACUUGCAGCAGGCGGCUCAAGCUGAGGCUUCUCAGCAGUGA